CCCACCUCGGGUCCUCCCAAAGCUGAGGAGGGACGGGUCCUCUGGCAUCUCUGGCUGUGCAGGUGGGGGGGAUGGCAGAGGGAUCAGGGGCCAAGAAACCCUCCCUGCUGGCCAAGGCGGCCGGCUGGGCCCAAGCUCUUUGCCGCGGCCUGGUAUGUUUCUGGAGCAACCAGUAUGCCUGGCUGCUGGGGGUGCCCUGUCUCCGGCGAGCGUACCACCUCUGGUUGGCAGCCGUGGUCAUUUUCGGGCCGCUGCUGCAGUUCUACGUGAACCCCCGAGCCAUCUUUGCCAACCACCAUAACUUCUUCAAUAUAAAGUUUGUCCGGUCGGCCUGGGGCUGGACGUGCAUUUUCCUGGGCGGCUUCAUCCUCUCGGUGGUUUACCUGGCGACCCACCGGGUGCUGCUCACCUUGAGGCACCUCAGCCGCCUGGGCGUGGGCGCCGGGCUCUGGCUGGGGGCCACAGAGACCUUCCUCCUCAUCGAAAACCUCACCGGCUACUGCUUUGACCCCGUGCCCGAGGGCAUCCUGGUGAACAACCUGCCGGACAAGUGGACGUGUUUGCACGAGGGCCACAAGUGGCACGGCUACGACGUCUCGGGCCACACUUUCCUGCUGACCUUCUGCUGCCUCCUCAUGGUGGAGGAGACCUCCAUCUUCCGCCGCUACCUGGCCCAGGGCCACCCGGCCGGAGUCCCCCUGCGCCUCAUCUUCCUCCUCAACGUCUUCCUCCUCGCCCUGUGGAACUUCCUCCUGGCCUGCACCGUGGUCUACCUCUACGACUACAGCCACAAGGUCGUGGGGGCCGCCAUUGCCACCCUCUGCUGGUUCCUCACCUACCGUGGUUGGUACCGGUGGCGGUGGUCUCCCGGCCGGCCAGGAACGGGCCUCUUUGUCAAAGGGACCCCCGGGGAGGCGAAGAAACGGAACUGAGGGCUCCCCACUCCCCACCUCGAAGGCAAAGGAGAGCACAGAAGGGGUUCUCUCCCACCCCUCACCCCCG